CGAGACAAGACGACUUGACAGGGCUAGAAGCUGACUUUCUCAACACACGAAAGGCAGCCAAUAUCCCUGAGAGCACACACCUCUAGUUAGUGUAUGGCCACAAGCGAUCCAGGGCCACAAUCGCGCACACAGGCGGCGCUCGGCUUGGACUACGAUGGCGGCGACAGGCUGUGGGAGUCGCUGGGGCAGAUGCAGAUCAGCGAGGAGGCCGCGACGCCGGUGAGCGGGACGGGACAGACAACACCGGCGGGCGGCACGUGGGACUUUCUAGCAAACGCUGCGCAGAUGUUUGACCAGCGGGCAGAGCUAAGCCAUGUGACAGCGUCUGACAUCGGGCGCGGCUUCGACCUCCAGGGGUACCGGCGGACCGGGAACGAGCUGCAGCACCGGCUGUACAUGACAUACCGGCGGCAAGUGUACCCGCAGACGCAGGGCAUGCCAUAUAACGUGAUGGACGCGCGCAAGCGGGCGGUGUGCGUGGACAAUUCCGCGCAGUUCUUCCGGUUCCGCGGCUCGGCCAUGGGUGAGAGUUUCCGGGGCCACGUGGGGCAUUUCCAGCUGCGCGACCUGCUGUGGGCUACCAGCGCGUUCGACGUGUUCUAUCCGCACGCAGACGGGAUCCGGAGGUGGGAUCCGGGACGGGGCGUGAGCGAGUUUGUAGUCACGUGGGACCAAAUGCCUGGGGCAUUCAAGACCACGGCUCUGUGCGCCGACCGCGGUGUGGUGUUUGCAGGCGACUGGCAGGGGCGGUACUGCGUCAAGGCCCUGGGCGGCGAUAGGCCAUGGAUAGCGUCAACCACGCGUCACCUGCGACGGAACCGCGGUGGGCCGCUCACCGUAUCUGUAUCGCACAACAACGGCAUGGUGCGGCACGUUGAUGUUGCGCGGCUGGCGGUGACCGGCAUGCGGCAGUUUGCGUGGGCGGUGAACUGCACGGCGACAGCUCCCGACGGCUCGCUGCACUGUGUGGUGGGCGACUCGACGGAGUCGCUAUUGGUGGACAGACGGACCACAGGCGUGGCGGCGCGGCUGGCCGGCCACCUGGACUAUGCGUUUGCAUGUGCCUUCAGCCCCGAUGGCAUGUGUGUGGCGACGGGCAGCCAGGACAUGACCGUGCGGCUGUAUGAUGUGCGGUGGCCUGCAGAGGCCGUGAGUGCGGCUGGGCAUCUGGGCGCCAUGCGCGUGGUGAAGUUCAGCUCGUGCGGACGCUUCCUAAUGGCUGCCGAGCCGGCCGACUAUGUUCAUGUGUAUGAUGCGCGGACACUGCAGAAGGCGCAGGAUAUCGAGGUCAUGGGCGAGAUCGCUGGGGCGGCCUUUGCACCAGACUCCCAGAGCCUGUUCUUUGCUGUGUCCGACCCGAUGCACAGCAGCGGCCUGGUCGAGUUUUCCGACACGGCUAUGCCCGGCAGCGAGUGUCUGGGCGGCGUGGUUAGCACAGAUCUCCUUCUGUAACAUUUCCCCUGCAAUCUUUCCUAAGCAUGCUUGCCACAACAUGUAUAUUAAAAAAAAAAAAAGCAGGUCCUAGAGCUUGGCGAGGUAUGUGCCUGGGUAGAUGUCGCCGGUCAGCAGCGUGAUGACGGUCUCACGGUACACCUCCUGCUUGAUAAGACGGAGCACCUUGCCGCCAUUCCUGCCCUUGGGAGCAUAGGCCUUUGCAUACUCGACCGCCGUGCUCAUCAGCUGGUCCUCGGCAACCGCCCGGUCGACAAAUCCCGCCGCCACCGCAUCCGACGACUUGAACCUGUGGCCG